UCGCGUGACCUUUCCAGCGUCCAGAAGGGAUGCCUCUGCACCUCUCAUUUGGCUCUUCUUUCUUUCUAUCUUCCUUCCUUCUUUCCUUGCAUUCUUUUGCUCUCCUUCCUUUGCACACUCACUCUAUCACAGUCCGUCUGCCGCCAACUUGCUCCGAAGCAAAGGGUCUGGCUCCUGCCAAGGAAAGGGAACUGUGGAGGCCAUACAGAAAGGAGACUGUCCAUUGGUUAACUUUGACCAUCCCCAUGCUUUGCAGUGGAGUGAGCUAACUCCCAGUCUUCCCUGUCUCUGAUUCUGGGCCAGUCUUGCAAGGCCUUGCUUCUGGAGGCCGGGAUGGAGCCCCUGGGGAUGUCCACCGUCCUCCUCCUCACCUGCCUCUCCUGCCUCCUGCUCUCUGCCAUCUGGAAAAGUGGGGCCCGGCAGAAGGGCAAGAUGCCCCCCGGCCCCACCCCACUGCCCAUCAUUGGGAACGCCCUGCAGCUCAAGACCCACCACCUGGAUCAGGUUCUCCAGAAGAUGAGUGAGAAGUAUGGCCCUGUGUUUACCCUUUAUUUUGGGAUGGCUCCCGCCGUGGUACUCCAUGGCUAUGAGGCCAUCAAAGAAGCCUUGCUGGACCGGGGCAAUGAAUUUGCAUUCAGGGGGAAAAUACAUUUGAUGGAGAAAACCAACAAAGGCAAAGGGAUCAUAUUCAGCAACGGGGAGAGAUGGAAGCAGCUCCGGCGCUUUGCCUUGACCACCCUCCGCAACUUUGGGAUGGGGAAGAAGAGCAUCGAGGAGAGGAUCCAUGAGGAAGCCCAGUAUCUCCUGGAGCAAUUCCGCAACACAAAACAGCAGCCCUUUGACCCACAUUACCUGUUCAGCUGUGCCACCUCCAAUGUCAUCUGCUCCAUUGUCUUUGGAAAGCGCUACGAUUACAAGGACAAGAAAUUUCAAGCCAUGAUGAACUUAAUGAAUGAGAACUUUGAGAUUUUUAACUCUGCUUGGGCACAGUUCGCCAACAUGUUCCCUACCCUAAUGGAGUGGAUCCCUGGGCCUCAUCACCAAAUAGUGUCCGGGAGCCUCCGAUCCGAGGAGUUUGUUUUGGAGGAAGCCAAGGAGCACAGGGCGACUCUGGACCCCAACUCCCCGCGGGACUUCAUCGAUUGCUUCUUCAUCAAAAUGGAUCAGGAGAAGCACAACGAGGCCUCCGAGUUCACCAUGGAGAACCUGAUCACCUGCAGCCUGGACUUGUUUGGUGCAGGAACUGAAACGACCAGCACUACGCUCCGAUACGGGCUUUUGAUCCUCCAAAAAUACCCAGAGAUUGAAGAGAAAGUGCAGGAGGAGAUUGACCGGGUGGUUGGCCGCUCCCGGAUGCCCGGCAUGGCUGACCGCGGACAGAUGCCUUAUACGGACGCCGUCCUCCACGAGAUCCAGAGGUUCGUCUCUCUCGUCCCACUCGGCGUCCCGCAUACCGUGGACAAAGACACACCGUUCAGAGGAUAUGUCAUCCCGAAAGGCACCACAAUAGUUCCUGUUCUGAGCUCAGUGCUGCAUGAUAGCAAGGAAUUUCCCAACCCCACAGAGUUUGACCCAGGGCACUUCUUGAAUGAGGAUGGGACCUUCAGGAAGAGUGACUACUUUGUGCCCUUUUCAGCAGGCAAACGGAUCUGCGCAGGGGAAGGCCUGGCCCGCAUGGAGCUCUUCCUGUUCCUCACUUCCAUUCUCCAGAACUUCAAGCUGAAGCCCCUCACGGACCCCAAGGACAUCGACAUCAUGCCUCGGCUGAGUAGCUUGAGCAAUGUCCCUCAGCCCUACAAGUUCUGCCUUGUCCCUUGCUGAAAAGAUCACCAAUGGAAGACAAAGCUAGCUAUUGUCAGAGGAUCUCAGCUUGGACUUCUUUUUAACCUUAGACCUUUGGUGUUGAGAAAAUAAUACUAGAGCUCAUUGAAAGCCUUCUGGAUGCAAUUGACAGCAUGACUUUGUAUUAAAGCUACAGGGGUCAAACUCUAGUCUUCCAAAUCUA